UGUAACCUAAAAAAUUGAUUAGCGAAGAGAAACCAGAGAUAUUAUUUUAGAAACAAAGUAUACACUGCUCACAUCAGAGCUCAGUUUUUUAAUACAUACACACACACACACACAUACAUUUGUUUUUGUGAAUUGUGGGGACAUUCCAUAGGCAUAAUGGUUUUUAUACUGUACAAACCAUAUAUUCUAUUGGCCUACACCUACACAUGUGCUUUGUGCAUUUUUACUUUCUCAAAAAAAAAAAAAACUCAUUCUGUAUUAUUUAUAAGCCAUUUGAAAUAUGGGGACAUGGGGUAAUGUUCUCAUAAGUCACCUUCUCCUUGUAAUACCUAUGUCAUACCCAUGUCAUUAUACACACACACCUAUCGCUAUUCUUAGUGUGAAUAGCCUCUAUCGCUAUUUACACUUAGUGCAAAUAGCCCCUGCCAAUUUUCUUUGUUCAAACUGGUGCAAAAAGUGUUUUCAAUGUGAACACUGCUAUAUAUUUUUUUGACAGUUUUGCAAUAAAAUUAAGAUUUUACUUUCUUAAUUACUUCAGUGAUAAUGUAUAAACUGAUCAGGACAUAAAUUUUAACAGACAAAGUAAUUUUGUAAUUGUUUUAAUUUGAUAUUUGUUUACUGUUGGAAAGAAAAUUACUGCCCAAAACCAUUUUCAGUGUGAACUCUACAAUAUGUUUUUGAAAGUUUGGAUAUAACCCUAAAUCUUAUCUUCAUUUUAAUUCCUAAAGUAUAUUUUAAACCUUUAAUGUUUUAAUAACUAAAUUCUAAAAACUUACACUUGUCAAUAUUUUUUAAAUUAAAGCAUUAUUUUCCGAUUCCCUCCAUGUUUUCCACAAUGCUUUAUGUGUUGAGUAGUUCAUUUACUCAAUGAAUUAAGCUAUUAAACACCUUUUUUUUCCCCAGAUCAAACACCUUUUCCUUUGAACCACAUGUAAUGUUGUGAUUCACCUCAGAGCUUGCUGGCUUGUUUUAGUUUUGAACUCUGUAUUUCAGAUUUUUUUAAAUUUAUUUUUUGGAGAAAAUGAAUGGGAAAAUACUCCCCGAACUAAAGCCGCUAAAAAAGUGGGUGGUCACCGUUCCGCUCUAUGUAAACAGCAGAGUAGUGUGCUAAUGAGAGAGAGGGAGAGGGAGUCUUGGAGCUUCUGUGAAUCUGCCCCGUGUUCCAGGAAACUACAGCAGUGCACAUAAACACUCAGCAUGCCUGCAACGGCUCUGUGAUGUCACCAGCUGAGAGGAAGGGCGGGAGAGAGAGAGAGAGAGAGAGAGAGAGAGAGGGGAGGGGCAAAGGGUGACGGAGUGAGAUACAGACACAGCCGGAGGGAAGAGAGUCAGUGAGAGCGAGACGGGGAAUGUGAAAGACCGAGAGAGCCACACUCAGCGCUGUUAGAGGCAUCGUGUAUCCCGAGAGUCGUAACCCCUCCGGCUCGCUGUCUGCCGUCUCCCCUGCUCUGGACUUGAGGGGCUGAUGGUUGAUGUGAGUGCGGCGCUGCCACUGCAAGUGCCGCCUUCUGCCAUCCCCAUGGACCUGCGUGUGGAUCACCAGUUCGCCCUGGCGCCGACGGACUCGGCCCAGCGCGAGCAGCAGCUGCAGCAGGAGCUUCUGGCCCUCAAGCAGAAACAGCAGAUUCAGAGGCAGCUCCUGAUCGCAGAGUUUCAGCGGCAGCACGAGCAGCUCUCGCGCCAGCAUGAAGCGCAGCUGCAGGAGCAUGUCAAGCAUCAGCAGGACCUCCUGGCCCUGAAACAUCAGCAGGAGCUCCUGGAACACCAGCGGAAGUUGGAGCGCCAUCGUCAGGAACAGGAGCUGGAGAAACAGCAGCGGGAACAGAAGCUCCAUUUACUCAAAAACAAAGAACGCGGCCAAGAGAGCGCUGUGGCAAGCACUGAGGUGAAGAUGAGGUUGCAGGAGUUCGUCCUCAACAAGAAGAAAGCGUUGGCCCAGAGGAGCCUCAACCACUGCCUGCCCAACGACCCGCGCUACUGGUAUGGGAAAACCCAGCACAGCUCCCUGGACCAGAGCUCACCACCUCAGACAGGGAUUUCCACUUACAACCACCCGGUGCUGGGAAUGUACGACCCCAAAGAUGACUUCCCGCUCCGCAAGACGGCAUCUGAGCCCAACCUGAAGCUACGAUCCAGGCUGAAGCAGAAAGUUACGGAGCGCAGGAGUAGCCCGCUGCUUCGGAGGAAGGAUGGGCCGAUCACCACUGCAAAGAAGCGCUCUCUGGACAUGGCAGAAUCGGCAUGCAGCAGUGCUCCUGGUUCUGGUCCGAGUUCACCCAACAACAGUUCAAACAACAUUACCAAUGAGAACGGCAUCGCUGGAUCAAUCUCCAGCAGUCCAGUGGAGCCAUCUUUGGCGCACAGACUCACGGGCAGAGAGGGUCCUGUUAGCCAGCUGUCUCUGUACACAUCGCCCUCCCUUCCCAACAUCACCCUGGGCCUGCCAGCCACCGGCCCCUCCAGCGUGGCAUCUGGCCAACAGGAUGGUGACAGAAUGGCAAUGCCAGGCUUGCAGCCAGGAAUACCCAUAACCACUCCGUUCAUGCCAGGAGCCCACCUGCCUUCUUACCUGGCCGCGUCCACCUUAGAGCGGGAGGGCGGCUCGGCACACAACACUCUCCUGCAGCAUAUGGUGCUUCUGGAGCAGUCGGCCGCACAGAACUCUCUGGUCGCAGGCCUGGGGGGCGUGUCCCUGCAGUCGCAUCCCAUCCACAAGCUCCGGCAGCAUCGGCCCCUCGGACGCACACAGUCGGCCCCCCUGCCCCAGAACGCCCAGGCGCUGCAGCAGCUGGUGGUUCAGCAGCAACACCAGCAGUUCCUGGAAAAACACAAGCAACAGUUCCAGCAGCAGCAGCUUCACAUCAGCAAGAUGAUGGCUAAGCCGAACGAGCCGGGCCGACAGCAUGAGAGCCACCCGGAGGAGACGGAGGAGGAGCUGCGGGAGCACCAGGGGCUGGGCGACUCCACGGAGGCUCUUCCUCACGGGGUCACCAUCAAACAGGAACCUCCGGAUGAGCAAGAUGAAGAGUUCCAGCAGAGAGAGAGGCAAGCCGAGGAAGAGCUGCUCUUCAGACAGCAAGCUCUCCUGUUGGAGCAACAGAGGAUCCAUCAGCUGAGGAACUAUCAGGCAUCUAUGGAAGCGGCCGGACUGUCUGUGACCUUCCCAGGCCAUCGGCCCCUAUCCAGAGCACAAUCAUCCCCGGCCUCUGCGACCUUUCCCAUUGUGGUGCAGGAACCUCCGGCCAAACCGCGCUUUACCACCGGUCUGGUGUAUGACAGCCUGAUGCAGAAACACCAGUGCAUGUGUGGAAACAGUAACAUCCACCCCGAACACGCUGGACGCAUCCAGAGCAUCUGGUCACGACUGCAGGAGACGGGACUGCGCGGCCAGUGUGAGUGUAUUCGAGGCAGGAAAGCCACUUUGGAGGAGCUACAGACGGUCCACACUGAGGCUCAUGUGCUGCUUUACGGAACCAACCCUCUCAGACAGAAACUGGACAGCUCAGUGACACCCAUGUUCGUGAGACUGCCGUGUGGAGGAAUCGGGGUUGACAGUGACACUAUCUGGAAUGAAGUUCACUCGUCCAGUGCUGCUCGUCUGGCUGUGGGAUCUGUAGUGGAUUUGGUGUUUAAGGUGGCUUCAGGAGAGCUAAGGAACGGCUUUGCUGUGGUACGACCUCCAGGACAUCACGCUGAGGAGAGCACUCCCAUGGGAUUUUGCUAUUUCAACUCGGUCGCCAUUGCAGCCAAACUCCUGCAGCAGAGACUCAACGUCAGUAAGAUUCUCAUUGUGGACUGGGAUGUUCACCAUGGAAAUGGGACUCAACAGGCCUUCUACAGUGACCCUAAUGUCCUGUAUGUGUCUCUACAUCGCUACGACGAUGGGAACUUCUUCCCUGGCAGCGGAGCCCCUGAUGAGGUGGGCAUCGGUCCAGGCGUGGGCUUUAACGUGAACAUGGCCUUCACCGGAGGUCUGGAGCCGCCCAUGGGAGACGCAGACUAUCUGGCAGCAUUCAGGACGGUGGUGAUGCCAAUUGCGAACGAGUUCGCUCCAGACGUGGUGCUGGUUUCUUCAGGCUUCGACGCUGUGGAGGGGCAUCCACCACCUCUAGGAGGAUACAAGCUCACGGCCAAAUGUUUUGGCUACCUGACCAAGCAGCUGAUGGGACUGGCCGGCGGCCGGCUGGUGCUUGCGCUGGAGGGGGGUCACGACCUCACCGCCAUUUGCGAUGCCUCCGAAGCAUGUGUUUCUGCUUUGCUUGGAAACGAGUUGGACCCUCUUCCUGAAGAUGUGCUACAACAGAGGCCGAACCCCAACGCCAUUCACUCCAUGGAGAAAGUUCUGGAAAUCCACAGUAAAUACUGGCGCUCGCUGCAGAGAUCUGCCUCGACUCUGGGCUACUCACUGCUGGAGGCUCAGAGAUGUGAAACUGAAGAGGCAGAGACGGUGACCGCCAUGGCCUCCCUGUCUGUUGCCAACAAGCACAUGGGAAAGAGGACAGAGGAGGAGCCUAUGGAAGAGGAACCUCCAUUGUAGAAGGUCCGAUCGACUGCCUUGGUGACCCUCUCGGCUCAGAGCCUCUUCAAGGCCUCUGACGUCACUCUACUCUCUCCAUCCGUUUCAUUUUUUGUCCCACGAUGUGCGCGCUUUGAGCACGGGAUCCGAAACGGCCUGAAGAAAUCUCCGUGACACCCAGAGCGCGACAAACGUCUCAGCCGUGUUAGUCUGUCUCUGUCCGUGGCAGAACGUCCGGGACCGUGUAACCUGGUCUGUCCGCAGGGACGCUUAACUUUUGAGCAGGACAUAGACUCACGUUUCAUUGUUAGAUGUGAGAGCUGGUGCUUUCGACAUGAACUUUUUCAUUAUUUUCCAGAGCCACUAUAUGACUGAUUUCGGCUGUUACGGCCUAAGUUUUUUAUUUGUCGUCUCUCUCUCUGUUCGUUUGUCUGUCUUUCUUUAUUCUUGGAGAAAAAAAUUGACUCGUUCCAUUCGCAAUUCGAGUUACUGCUUCACGAGGGUGGACGAUGUGAUCGGGAGAGCGAUCGAAGGAUUCUGGGAAACCCGACGGAGAGUCGACAAUGCGAGUUUGUGCCUUUUUCAAAAGAUGGAUCCAGAAGAACAUUGCCUUAAACUAGUUACAGGAGGGAAGACGUUUCGCCGUCUCGGUUUUUCUUGACACGCGACGGUCAAAGGCUGGCCUGAUGAAUCGAGAAACCCUCAGCAUGUUUACCAGGAACUCCCUGCAGAUAUCUUCAUGUUUCACACGCAUUAUGACCUGUUUUCUGUUCCUUCAUUUUUACUGUGCUUGUGUUUGACGUUACAUGACUUUUAAGUGUCACUGACAAACAAACUUUAAGGUAGUUGCCAGCUAUCCAAGGGCAAAACGUUUCGAUUGAAUUCUCCAGCGCUUUAGAGGGCAAGCCAAUGUAGCGACUCGUUUCAACACUUAAUGACCAAAUACGCACCUCCUCCUCCUCCGAAAAGUUGACCAGCAUGCAGCUUUCCAUCUGCCAAGUUAAGAAUUCAACCGUCGUAGUUUAACAGCGCCGACAAGCAUGAGUUUGCUGCGAGCAUAUAGGAUAGGGCUGCGAUGACCUCGCGUCAUACGAUUUGUAGUUCGAGACAAACUUUCUAUUUUUCCUUCUCUCAACAUAUUGUACUUUUAUAUAGCUAUGAAUGUCUAGUAUUCCGAUUACUUUACAGUUAAUCAAAGGGCACUAGCGUAUCACUACUAUUAUUUUACUCAGCAGACGGUCAGUUUUAUUGACACCUUCGAAACAAGCGGAAAAGGGCUGGUUACCGAUUUUAAAUGUACCACUGAGCCUUCAGACGUGCCACCUGGUGAGAUUUAGUGCUGGUUUCCUGCCGACGGGCCUAAGCGAGGGUUAUGGGCCUUUCGCUAGGGGUGGGUGCUACCGAACAUGUGCCCGUCACAUGACACAAUCCAGGAAGUAGCGGGACCACCAGCUUCCACUCAGAAAACAAUCGUAAAAUGCCUCUGAGACGACUGUGAUACUCAGACAAUCUGCAUGAGACAUUGACGUAGUUUCGGAGCCGCGGCGGCACUUCGAAGCGGCACAUAGAACUGUAUAUAUAUGCAAUUAUGCAUGCUGACAGUAGAUCAUUUGGCUUGACUUUGAUUGUACAUUGAACUUUUCGAUUCUGGACUGAUGAAGAGGCGAUAAUUUGUUUGACAGUCCCUGACUCGUGUUUAGCCUCUCGGCAACUACCUUUGGCAUUCUUUUUCUGUGUCAUGUUCAAUAUGAGGCGCGUUAAGGCGGGAGAUUUGGCUCACCGUUGCCAUUGUUCCUCGACUUCAUUUUUAUAUAUGCCUGUCAAGUAUGACUACUCCACUUAGGGUUCGUGCCCGUUAUUUUUCUUGUGCGUUUUACUUGCUCGUUUGUCCUGUUUUUUUGUUUUUUGUACUUUUUGGAUUAUUUACUUGUUCAUUUGUCAGUCUUUAUGUAGUUGACAAUGUGUUUUACAUGCUUACGUCUUUAGUUUCUUGUUUUAGAGAGUAACAAGCCUUUUUUAAUUUGUUUUAUCUUGUUUUUUUGUAUGCGGUGGGAGGGAGAUGCUUUUACUUUGUAUAAUGAUUCUGACAAUUGUGUAUUUACUACGUUCUGUUCAUAGUAGAUUUAUAUUACAAAGAUCUAUAGAUAUAUUAUAUAUUAUAAAGAUUGCAGACUCGAAUAAGAGAACUAGUAUUGCAAAGGGAUAUAUUUCAGUACGUGGUCUGGCUUCGGCCGUCGCUGGUUCCACUGAAGGCACUGUUUAUUGGUUUCAUGCAUUCACAGUAGCAUUACUCUGGCACCGUAAACUCUUGAUCAAAUCGAUCUUCAUGGUUCCAGGCUUCAGUUUGCUCUUUAAACAAAAAUAUUAUGGACUAACACUGUACAUUUCCGUUGGUAAAAGUCCAUUUGGAUAGACCAAUUAGAGUAGAUGCUGACAUCACAGUGAUCCUUCUGAUGGAUUUUAGUUAUUUUAGCGAAUUUUUAAAUAGGUUUGAAUUACUUUAGCCUAUAAACUACAUGUCCAGGUCGUAUUUCACAUAAGAAAAAGACAUAAGAAAUUGCAUUUUGCUUUAAAAAAAUAAAUAAAUAAUAAAAAUUAUUAAUAAAAAGCAAAACAAGCUCAACCAAUGAUGUGCAUUUGGGGGUGUGGCUGUCUGUUUGUUCGACCAAUGCCAGAUAUGGGAGCUUCCAAAAUAAGUGUUUGAAAAUAAUCAUUAUUUGGAGGUGCAGAAAUUAUACACACUUAAAAAAAAAAAAAUGUGUAGAAACAAUUAUUGCGCAUAAAUUGCUAGUAAAUUUCACAAAGAGGAACAAGUAACGCGUUAAAUAAAAUUUUGAAGUUGAAAAACUGAAAUAAUUUUUCUUGUAAAACAUACUUUAAAUAUGAAAUAAUACAAUUAUUUAAAUGUAAAAAAAAUUAGGUUUAUGAAAAUUAACAAAAAACUGAAAAGUAAAACAUCUGUUUAAAUUAUAGUGGGGGAAAAUGUGCUUAAUUAUCAUGAAAAUAAUAAUCCCCAAAACAGGCUUCAGUUUCUUUAUGCAAAAUACAAUUUCUUAUUUACCUCCUUUUGAUUUUGGGGUGAAAUGCAACCUGGACAUGAUUUUGUGAGAUUGUUAGGGUUUCAUUUUGCGGUAACGAUAUCAGCAAUCGUUCUCUGGGUUUUUUCAUCUUGUUACUCUUAUCAAGCGUGAUCUAUUUUGGGCAUUUUUGCAGUAUCAUAUCCAGACCAAGCCCAUCAAAUCUCAUCUCAAUUACUUUCAAGAAUGAAGUGCGAAGGCUGACACUGAUUUGAAAGUGUCCCGGAAAUGUAAAGUGACAUUCCCAAAGAGUCUCAUAACAGUAAUACUCAAACGGACCAUCACUACAAACCACUCUGCAAUAAUACUAACGGCAGCCUAUCAAUACAGUCUUGUCAAAGGGACACUUCUAUCCGGUUCAUCCGGAUAGUCAUUUUCUUUGCUCUUGUUUUGUAUAAAAGAAAAAAAACUGCAUUCCAUUUGUUUUUGUUUUUCCCAUUUUUCUUUUUUAAACCUUUCUUGUCAUUCCUGCUAAUUUGCCAUGAGGUCUGGCCUGAGCUGUUGAUUAUUUGCAGGCCAGGGUGAAGUUUCUUUCAUUCUCUUUCCUUCACAGCUGUAGAUUUCUGCAUGGUUUGUGCGUCAGCAUGCCUGUCUGUCCUUGUAACAUAUUUGCACAAAGGAGGAACACGGGAGGGUUGAGGCUUUGGAGAACGCAUGGGAUGGAAGCUCUUCUUUCCUCCUCUGUUUCUGGUCAGUACACAGACGGAUUGAUGCUCUUGGUGUCCGACGGAUGUGCUUUUUACUUGUUUAAAAAUGGAAUGAAAGAAAAAUGACUUUUGAAUAUUUUACAACAACAACAAGAAGAAAGUUAUCUAGCACUUGUGACAUACAGACUAUAGACUUUAUUGUAUUUAUGUAGAGCAUUGUUUUAGGUGAACUACACACUAUGCCACAUGUUAGACUGUCUGUGAGACUUCUUUUGCUUUCGUUUCUUUUCUCGUUUUUUUCUACUCUUCCUCGGGACGUGUUUUUGGGCCUGGAGGAAGACUAGGAAAAGAUUAGGGUCGUUCCUUUAGAAACAUCUGGAAUCAUCAAAGGGCUUUUUCCAGAUGCUUGUCAGAUAUAUCUUCAGUUUGUCCAAAAGGAAAAAAAAAAAAAAAACACUUAUCAGCCAGUAAUACCUGUGACCACUGUGGCUCGAGAACAGUUCUAGGUUUACAAAAUGUAAGAAAUGCAUAUUAUUUUUGUCACUUUGUUUUUCCAUUGUUACAAUAGAACUUUUCUUGGGACCUUUGCUCUAACGUUUGUCUUUGACAUCAACUAUAAAGUUCCUUGUUUUUGAAUA